GUUGGUGUCUAAAUGAACCAAUUGCAGCCUCCCCAAUGGUGAUGCACAGUGUGCGAGAGAACGAGAGAAAAAAGCGAGAGUGAGGGCGAUUGGAACAAACCGUUCAAGCAGUAGUCAUCCUCGAAGGGCUAGGAAGGGCUCUAUUGCUUUCUUGCUCUCGCUCGCGUGUUUUUGGCUUCUCUCUCACGACCAACCAAAGGCGCGCGUGUGAGCGCGUGCGGUGCGAGAGCGAUAGCGUGUUCGAAGCGAGAGAACUGUGGUGGCUAGAGAAUAUCAUCAUCUCUUUCUGCUAAACUGCUUGGUUGCUGUAGUACGGCGUGCUAUGCUGUGCUACGGGCCCCAUAUACACACAUGCGGCGUAUAAUUCGUCCCGUUUGGUUGGUCUCGUCGGUGCUUGAUCUAUCGUUACGCUUCAUACGUGUCGACGUACGCCAGCCGGACCGCUGCUGCAUACGAGAGCGCCAAAUCUACUUUUAAAGUCAACGCAACGCAAAUCGUCGUCAAACCAGUGUACAGUGUCACCGUAAAGUGUUGCGGUGCGGAGUGCGUAAUUUAGCUGCUGGCCCUGAUUUUUUCGGCCGCUGUGCGAUUUUGUUUGGCCUGUGAUUAAGUGGAGUUUUUCUUUGUUGUUGUUGUCGUCGCUGCUGCGGCUGGGUGUUCUUGUGAAGUUACUUACACAAACACACACACAAACCCUAAGGAGGCAGGACGGGUACGAGCAAUAGGAAAUAGUAAUAACAAUUAAGGAAAGGGUAGAGAAAAGAAGAAAAAAAAAACAAUAUUAAGUUGGAUUUAAGUGAUCGGAAAUGUGUGCGCGUUCGCAUUAAGCGCUUAUUAAGCAGCAUCUACAAAGCACUGCAGCACUGCUGGAACACUGGUAGCGCACAGAAACCAUGCGAAACGUAAACAAAACAGACAGAACACAACCGUAAAGAAGUAAGCGACCGUGUCGUGUUCGUUGCCGGAAAUCUUCCGUGGUUCCCCAGUACCAUACCAUUCAGCGCGUGUUCCUGCGCUUCCGAGCAGAGCAGUUUUGUGUGGUUUUGAUUGUGCAAUUGGUGACCAGUUAAAGAGUGGUAUUAUAGCAACACGCCAAAAGGUGAGGGAGAGCGUGAAAGUUUAAGGCGAAGCGUUUAAAAUUAGUGGACCGUUCAAAGAGCGCGUAACGCGUUUACACAAAAAACAAGGUGAGCAGCUACUACUCUAACAAUCAAUCCAAUUAUCCGAAUCAAUUCCGGCGGUUCCAUUAUCUUAAAUCCAACAAGCCGCAUGUAGAUGAGUGCUUAUCGGCAAACCUCUUCAAUCAACUGGCCACCAGCGGCAAGCACUAGAAACGUUCAGGUGGUGAUUGGAAACAUACCAAACCGGUACGAACGCGGCAAGGCGUACACGCUGCAAGCCGUCCACGGCCGUAAGCUAUUAACCGCGGUACCGACCAGCCUGGCCAUUUACGGUGGGCUACCCAUCAUUACUUUGAGACCCCGGUACGCAAAAAACCGUCAAAACGAUUUAUCUUCGGCCGUACAAGGACAUCUUCCCGGGCGGUGGCCAUAACCAGCUAUCCUCGCUAUAUCCGCAACCCGUGAUGGAGCGCAGCGGAGGCGGUGGAGGCAGCGGUGGUGGCGGUUCCGGUGGUCCGACUCCGAGUAGCCUCGACACGAUGAAUGACUCGUCUGGCCUGUGCCUGCAGGAUCUGGUGGGCGUUAACGGUGGAACUGGUGCCGGUGGAGGCGGAAGUGCUAGUGGGACCGGUGGAGGUGGUGGAGCCGGGUCACUAGCGGAUCACCUGCAUGGUAGCGGUGCGCAUCACGGUACCCAUACGCAUCACAGUCUGCACGACGGACUGGUGAGUGGUGGUGUUAGCGUAUCGUCCGCCAUUACAAGCCUGAUGUCCCCGGGCGGCAUUAAUAGCGGUGGACUUGGUCACCUGCAUCACGGAGCACCUGAUCUGUCGGCGCACCAUCAUCAUCAUCACCACCAUCAUCAGCAUCAUCACUCAUCGGCGUUGCACGAACCGCUCGAGAAAUUGAAACUUUGGGCAGAAACUGGAGAUUUUCGAGAAAAUAGUCACACCGGAAUGACGUCCGUUAGCAGUAUUGACCACGCGCAAAUGGGGUUUCCAGCGUCUUCACCUCGCAAUAGAAGCACUCGGGAUCGAAAAAAUGACGUAUCUCGAUGUAUCAACGAAGCGUCGGUAAAGACGGAAAAUAUUAGCAGCGGAAUGUCACACGAGGACGGUACUGGAUCUGUCGCGCCCGGCACAACGAUCCAGCAGGACGGUAACGACGGUACCAAGAACGAUAAGAAAAAUAAACGCCAGCGACGCCAGCGGACACAUUUCACCUCACAGCAGCUGCACGAGCUUGAACAAACAUUCAGCCGCAACCGCUAUCCGGACAUGUCCACCCGAGAAGAGAUCGCCAUGUGGACCAACCUGACCGAGGCACGCGUUCGGGUAUGGUUUAAAAACCGACGGGCCAAAUGGCGCAAGCGAGAACGGAACCAGAUGAAUGCAAUUGCUGCGGCCGACUUCAAGAACGGGUUUGGGCCCCAGUUUGUGCAGCCGUUCGCCGACACCGACACGCUGUACUCGUCCUACACUUAUAACAACUGGGCGAAGGUACCGUCACCACUCGGUGCUAAAACGUUCCCGUGGACGGUGAACCCGCUCGGAACGUCGAUCGUGUCGACCAACCAUCACCAGAAUUCGAUCAACUGCUUCAACACGUCCGCUUCCUCGGUGGCAGCGGGUAUGGCCGGUACCGGCACGAUGCUACCGGCCAGCAUGGGUACCGGCCUGACUGGUACGUCUGGUGCGUCCGGUGUUUCGCCGACACCGUGCCCCUACACGACGCCUACCAAUCCGUACAUGUAUCAUCAUCGUGCUGCGGCCGAACCGUGCACAGCCAUGAGCUCCAGUAUCGCCACGCUCCGGUUGAAGGCAAAGCAGCAUACGUCCGGUUUCUCUAGUCCCUAUUCCGCGUCGUCUCCCGUGUCCCGCUCGAAUUCAGCCGGCCUGUCCGCCUGCCAGUAUGCGGGCGUCACGGAUACGGUCUGAAACGCGGCUAGUGCGAACAACAACCCGUUCGGCACACUGCUUCUAUUUGUGUCACAACCGUCGACAAUGCCACCGCCGUCACCCCCACUGUCCCUAAAGGCGGGGACACCGCAGGCAGCCACAGACGGACCCGGUGAUAGCUCCCCUAUCGCACACGCCCUUCACCAGCAUCAUCAGCAACAACAUCAUCUUUCACAUCAGUCACUGACUGCGUCACCAAUAUUUUCGCAUCCGAGAUCAGCGAGACAGCCACAAUAUCCAGAACAGCUAUAUACGCAUCAUCAAUAUCAUCGCCAUCAGUAUCCAAAUCAUCAACAGCAUCAGCAGCAGCAACACCAACAAUCAUCACACCACCAACAACAACAGCAACAUCAGUAUCAGCAGCAGUUAGCCUUCUCAACCUCCUUCGCCUCGGUCACUCCGCCGGAUCUGGAAAUGUCUGGAGACGUCGUACUGCACGGCGGUUCGAACGCUACCUCACCUACAUCCGCCGCAAUGGCUGCACUAUUUGUCGCCAAAGGACAACUGCCAACGCACGAGUACGGCACAGUUGGACGAGUAUGAUAACGGGCGAUGUCAAGGAAACGGUUGCGGCGUUGCAAGAAAUAAGAAGACCCACAACAUCCUAAGUACCCCAGUGCGGCUUCUCCCAAUACACGGUGUGAGCGAUGUAGAAAUAGAAUCAGACAGAUAAAGGUGGGAUAUAACUAAACAGCGAUGGAUGAGAAUUACGGAGAGGAAGAAAAGGAAGUUUGAGAGGGAAUUAGUAACUUACACAAUAGACAACAAAAUUACACAUUUUACCACACGCACAUACGCACGCAUUAAUGGAAGCAAAUACACUUUUUGCUUUGUCGCACUGUUUUGCAAUAGAAAAGAAGAGAAAGUUGUUGAACCAACAUUUGCAUUAACACCCUCUGACUUCUGACGUCCGACAGUGCAGAGCAAACAAGAUAAUAUUAGAACAGUUAUGUUUCAUCGGUGGCUUCUUGCAAGUGUACAAAUUAGUGAAAAUCUUUCCCACACCUAGCAUUAUACAUGGCAUGGGAAGAUUCUACUUAGUAUCAGACGUUCCAAUUUUUCUCCAGCUAUCACCAGCGUCUCAUGUUCUAUUUCCCUGUCUAAUUUGUAUACGGUUUGUGUGUAUAUGUGUAGCAAUCAUGUACAUCUUGACUAUACACCAAACGCUUCUACAUCAACUCUUUUUAUCCCCUUUAUGACCCAUAUCAGUGUCGUUCGGUAUAUUAAGUACGCAUAGGUUACGGUAACUGGGUGAACGAGUUCAAUCAUUUUUUCAGACAUCCUUUCCUGGUACGUUGUAACCAAUGGAGUACUUGAAGCCUCAAAAAACUUGGUUUAACUUUUUAUAUUUGAAAUAGUAAAUAAAUAGAGCUACGCUUGUUUGACAUACAACAAGAACGCUAACGCUUGCUCGUAGCUGUGAGUGGUGACGUAUUACGCAUAACGACAAAAAAUUAGUGAAUGACACUCACGAGCUGGAAUACCCUCCGUGUGUGUGUGUGUGUGUGUGUGUGUGUGUGUGUAUGUGUGUGUGUGUUUUUGGCAUGCUGUAAUCGAUAAAAAUGCCUCAUUUCUAAUUCCCAUCGAUUUGUACUCACUAUACUCACAAUCCCCAUCGAAUUGUGAGAUUUGUCCAUUGUCUCAAUAUUGGUGACAUAACAGGCGAGCAAGUUACCUGAAGGAGCUGUAUUUUCAUACUGUGUAUGGUUUUUGCAGCGAUGUUUGUCAAUGUGCCGAUGUUUGUCACUGCUAAUAAAUAUGUCAUUUAACAGAUAUAUUCGUUUUUUGUUUGCAUAAAAUAUUAUAUCAAAAGAUUCCAACAUAUUUUCAGAAGUUGAAGUUGGAUCAGCUUGCAUAAAUGUCACCUAAGUUUUUUUUCUUGGUAUUUUAAGAUUAAACCACACAUUGAUUAUGAGCUGCAUUUCCGAUUUUUCUAUGAAAUCGAGGGCUGAAGAGUAAAACACAAAAGAAAUAAACUUUACACAAUAAGAAGAAGAGUCUUUGCCUGUUCACUUAAAUAAAAUCAAUAAAAGUAAUAAUAAUAACAGUGCUAGUGCAAGAAAGGGAUGGAAAACAGGAAAAGGCGGUUUCAAUCGGACAGCGGUUUCCUUCGAAAUGAUCAAAGCGGGCGCGCUGAUGGGUUCGUUGAUUUAUUUAUUUUCAGUUUUACCUUUCCUCCACUCUCUAACCCUCUUUUUGCUGCCACCUUAAUCAGCAUGCUCAAAUACAUUUAUACAUACAUACAUACACACAAAAGCACGCACCCUAUCCCCUUGCUGUGCCAUGAAAUCGGGAAAGUGACAUCAAAAGAUUGCAACACAGGCGCACGUGAGUAGUUACCGACAGAAGCCAAUUUCACUCCACUCCAACCUCCCAGUUAAGCUACCCCACCCCUUUACAACCGCCCCCUCGCCAUACCUUUUGACCCUUGUUAUCGGUCUUAUCACACCGAAAAGGGGAUAAGUAAUUUUGAUAUCAAAAGUUAAUGUUCCCAUCGGACAAACGGGGUGCAAGGUUUGAGAGGGGUGCGUGUGUGUGGCGGAAAACGGAAGGUAUGUAUGACACAGCCACAAGGCGGCACUAGGCACAAAGCGCCAAAUCCUUCACCGGAGCCGGCUGUCGGCUGUCGGCUGUCGGCUUGUUUCAAGAAACCCCUAUUCGAUCAUUUCACUUCACCUACCAUGUCUGCUGCUUUUGCUGCUGCUACACCAUGCACCCACGCGAGUUUACCCACCCUUCUUCGCAUCUUUCCACCAACUUACACCUCCACCAUCUAUUCGAGAAGGUGUGAAAGAUGACUGUGCAGAUCAAGCGCGAGUUAAUUAAUUAAAGCGCUCACAACAAUCGAACCGAUGCGCACGAUCCGAGCACCGAGCACUGCAAAGCAAGCAUCAGUACACAUUGAUCUCUAUUUUGACAUUCGAAACUAGGCGACUUUCUCGUCAACCGAACUCCCACAGUGGUUUGGAUUUUUUAUUUUGUUUUCAUUGCAAAUACUACCAAAUUCAAAUACUAAUCAAACACAGUCUGAGUAAGGAGUACGAAACACAUAUACACGCACGAGCACUAUGAAAUACAUUUACGAAAAUACUCGGAUACGUCGGAUACACAAAUUGCUGGUACAAAAUUCAUUGGGUUCCGAGCCGCCCAAGUAGAAACUAAAAAUGCGCUCGAAGCUGUGAUACUUCAUCUCGGCAAAAUAAUACAACAAUAAAAAACGAAGACUAUUCUCUUCUUUUGGAAGAGUAAACAAAAAUUUAAAAAAAUAACCAUUAAUACCCACAAUACCCUAGAAAUGUCAUAUUUCUAGUGGCAUUUCGCUUUACCAAACACCAAACACCAUCAUAAUUCUUACACGAAAACAUAUGUACAAAACUCACAAACACGCAAACACACACAUACACACACACACACACACACACACACACACACACACACACACACACACACACACACACACACACACACAGACACACACACACACACACACACACACACACACACACACACGCAGAAGCUACCGAAUGCUCGUUUUACAUAUGCUAUUUUAUACAGUAAACAGUGGGGAAUAACCCAUACGAGAAAACAAUAACAAAACACAAAAAGCGAUCUAGGCGGCGGUGGUGUAUGUAUAUCCUCACAGAUUAAUGAAAAACAACAACUUAAAUGUUACAAAAAAAUGUAUGACCUUUAAAAACCACAUCAACAUACAGAACAAACAAACCCAACUUUACAAUACAGAUUAUAAUAAUUACUGCAGUACAUUUAACGGUAAUACUAAUAAUAAUAUAAAUGCUUUUAAUAAUAUCCUGAACAAAAACUAAUGGCAGAAAAUACUGAUUGCCAAAAUGAUCACUCAGAACUACACACCGUUGAGUGCAAAAUAAGCACAGAAGGGUAGAGAUGUUUUUUAAAAAGAUAUUUUGACCGUUUGUUCAUUUUACAUUUCUGCUCAAACAUCAACCAAGUAUAUGGUAUAUGAAAGAGUUCUGACAUCAGAUUAUACGAUUAAAACCCAUUUCUAAUAAUGAUAUUUGGGGUUCGUGCCACAACAAAACAAACAUGUAAAACUGUUUCUUCAUCAUUCACAUAGACCGCUGUGAAAAAUUGAAGGAGAAAGUAAAUGCUAUCUGAUCAACAGUUUCAGUUAUGUACAUACAAUGCAUGCGCAGAUAUCUUUUUCUUAAUCACUUCUUCAAACAAAAUUUUGGAUUGUGUGAUCAAAAAAAGAAAGAGAAAACAAUAUGUUGAUGUAGUGUAACAAAAGGUGCCAUAUUUUAUGUGCAAUACACUCGCCAGCAAAAUGUCCAUUCGUCCCCAUUAUUAUGUCCCAUUCUUCGUUUAUAAACAAAAGUACCACUGAAGAGAAAACAAAAGCAAAAUAAACGAAAAGAUGAUUACAAGGAGCUGUCGAAGAGGUUUUCGAUAGAAUUCGUAGCUAGCGGUGGUUUGAGAUUUUUUUUGUUUUUCGUUUUGUGUAUACAAUAUAAAGCGAGGCCUCGAUUGCUGUACGGCGAUUUUAACAUUCGAAAGGUGUAAAUUUGAGCUAAUGAAAAAAGAAACUGAAGAUUAGAAAAUCGUGUUCAACAUCAAGUGAACAACUACUACCGAACACGUACAUAAAUUAAGGCUUCCACAGGGCAGAUAGAUGACAGGACGAUAUACGACACACGGAAUUAUUUAGUAUAGAUCCUAGUGAACGAUAAUCAACCAGUGAGAGGAAUGCAUGCGUGCAUCUCGUGUCGAUCUUAUCAGCAAACCUCUAAAGAAGCUUCUACUCAGCAAGCCCACAACACUCAGGCACAAGCUCAAUUGAGAACGUUGUGUGUGCGUAGUGGCUUAAAUUAUUUCCAUUUAAAAAUGCAGACAUUAAAAAUACAAACAAAACAGCAACAAGAAAAACUAAUUCUCACUACAAUAUUUUAAAUUGACAAAAGUAAUCGAUUCUAGAGUAUAUGUAACGAGCAGUAAUGGAAACGAAACAUCACAUCUCGUCUAGUAAAACAUAAGCAAGAAUGAUCAAAGAGUAUAGCAAAAAGAUGCAAAAGCAGUGAAAGACAAAUAAGACAGUGGAACCAAACAUUUAAAAAACCAAAAAACAAACAAAAUGGACAGCCCUCUGUGUGUGCGUUUCAAGAGAGCAAGAGAGAGAGAGAGAGAGAGAGAGGAGAGAGAGAAAGUGAGAGAUAGAGAGAAAUAACAGAGUGGGUAAUAACAGGGAAACAGAAACAAACAAACAUACAAACAAGCUAUGAAAACAAACCAUUUGAUAAAAUGUUUUCUAAUUUGAGCGGAUAUUGGUAGGUAAGCACGCAUUCUUCGAUCCGAGCGCUCGUUCCCAAAAUGGCAAGGUAGAGAGGUAGGGCGCGUGUAGAGAGAUGUGUGCUACCAUAGUAGUAUAAUUAUGAGCUGUACAACACAGACGCUGCUUAGAUGCAAUCGGAAAACAUCCCUUCUUAAUAUUAGUACUUUGUAUUUAGUAAUUAAAACAAAUAUAUCUAUAUAUUAUUUGAA